ACGUGGUGCGGCUCCGCUGCUUCUCUCGGGGUGAGAGCGGCGCCGAUAGAACCUCUCUCCUGCUGCUGCUGCUGCCGCGCCUGGAGAUCGACCCCCCCCCCCCCUCCGUCACCGCCACCGUUGUCUCUGCACUCUACACACGCGCACAAAGACAAAGCCCACACGGGGCUGCUGGGGCAAAGUGCUGUUAGCGAGCGCCUAUUAAGGCAACACGAGGGUUUGGGUGGCCAGCACCGCCACCCCCUGCCCGGCCGCCUGUCUCUCUGUGUAUUUGUUUUACACUGCCACCAGGGAUACACAUUCAAGGCGUCAGUCGGCCCAGCGGGAUGUCCAGGACCGGCUUGGAUAAUCGCUGAGCGGGGAUCGAACUAGGGGCCGCCAGGGGGUUCACGUUAUACAAGCAGAAAGAAAAGAGGGCAUGACCGUGGCCGAGAAGACCCGGAGCUUCGUUUGGAGCGACCGACCAGAGUUGGUGUCUCUGUGUCCGCGUGUCUCUCUGGAGCCAAGUGGUGCCGGGGCCCUGGCUGAGGUGGAGGUGGAGCCAGAGGCGGGUGGAGACGAGCUGAAGUUGCGACCAUGCAUUGAGUGCGAGAGGAGAAGUGGCAGGAGAGGGCUAGCGCGCAAACAGCAUCAACGGCAGACGUCUCCCGCAGCGGCGUGUGGGACGUGUGGGGUGAAUGUUAGGAAACAUGCAAUGAAGGCAGUGGUGCAAGGAAGUGGUGGUGAUGGUGAAAAGGUAAUCGGGCAACCACGAAAGGCUUUGCUGGUGAACCAGCAAAGGAAAGGUGGCAUCGCCAGCACCACCAUCACUGCCACCACUGCACCUGUUGCAGAUGAUGUUUCUGAGAAGACUGGUGAAGAGCGGGGCGAGGGUGGUGAAGAUGGUGAGGGUGGGGAGGAUGGAGAGGGUGGUGAAGAUGGUGAGGGUGGGGAGGAUGGAGAGGGUGGUGAGAAUGUUGGGGGUGGAGAGGGUGGGGAGGGUGAUGAGGGUCAGCAUCGGUGCUUGGAGUGUGGUGUCAACUUCACUGCCAGCGCAGAUCUCAGUAGACACUUGAGAGUGGAGCAUAGAGCUCGUGCCAAGGAGAAGCGCCACGCGUGCCCGCAGUGCGGCCGUUGCUUCGCCGAGUCGCGUGACCUGCGGCGCCACUCGCGCACCCACACAGGGGAGCGGCCCUACGCCUGCACCGCAUGCGGCAAGGCCUUCGCGCUGCGCUCCAGCCUCACCAAGCACGCGCGCACCCACACGGGCGAGCGUCCCUAUGCAUGCGCCGCGUGCGGGCGCUCGUUCUCCGUGGCGUCGUCGCUCGUCAAGCACAGGCGGGUGCACACAGGCGAGCGGCCCUACGUGUGCGCCGCAUGCGGCCGCGCCUUCUCACAGCUUACGUCGCUCCAGAAGCAUCAGGGGCGGCACUCGGCCGAGAAGCCGCAUGCCUGCGCCACGUGCGGGAAGGCGUUUUCGCACCGCGCCUUCCUGCGAAAGCACGAGAAGACGCACGCGGAGCGAGUGGCGGGGCUCGUGAAGGAGCGCCGAUUUGCAUGCGAGCGCUGCUGCGCUACCUUCUUCGACAACCAGAGCCGGCAGCGGCACCAGACGACGCAUACCGGCGAGCGGCCCUUCGUGUGUGAGCUGUGCGGCAAGGCCUUCUCACACCACUCCACGCUGCGCAAGCACCAGAGCACUCAUUCGGGUGACCGCCCACACGUCUGCGAGUUGUGCGGCAAGGCGUUCCCGCAUGCCGCAAACCUGAAGCAGCAUCUUAAGCGGCACACCGAGGACAAAGACAAGCCCCACGCAUGCUCCGAGUGCGGCCGACGCUUCCUGAGCGUCCGCGAGCUGGCCCAGCAUGCGCGCACCCACACGGGCGAGCGGCCGCACGUCUGCACCGAGUGCGGCCGCGCAUUCGCGGCGGUGUCCACACUACGCAAGCACGCGCGCACGCACACAGGCGAGCGGCCGCACGUGUGCGCGCAGUGCGGCCGCGCGUUCACCAGCAGCUCCAACCUGCGGGCGCACGCGCGCGCCCACGCCGGGCAGCGCCGGCCCCAGUACGCGUGCGCCCAGUGCGGCUGCAGGUUCGCACGCGCCAGCGCCCUCCGGGAGCACCAGAGCUCGCACGUUCACACGUAGAGAGAGGGAGAGAUGGGAGAUGUGGAUGAGGAGGUAUAGAGAGAGACGGAGAUGCCUAGAUUAAUUUGCAACUCGAUUAGAAAAUUACAUCACUGCUGUUUUUGAUAAACUAGUGCCCCUCCGAACAAGCACAAAGAGAACGGGGAAAGCGUGCAGUAACCAGCUGUCACCGGAGGCGAUCGCCUCCGAAAGCAGAUGCAGAUGAGAUUGGAGUAAAAUUUUAUUUCAAGACUGUCUGACUCAUUGAGUCUCACAGAUCGCCCUAUGCUCUGCACGUCAAUGAGUCGGCUCACGACUCCUUUGCUCUGGCGCGUCGUGAAGGGUAUGCUGCACUGCAACCACCCAUCAAUUAGUAAACCCGGUUUGUGCACAGUAGUUGUGAUGUUCUUCGACAAUAAAAUAGUGAUGAUCAAUA